AUGAAGUUGGAGAGUCAUAAACGCCUCAACUUGCAUGAUCCAGGUAUUUUGCACGAACACGAGGGGACCAGUGUUCUUCAACAUACUGACCCCAAUCAUGGCACUAUUUCGCAGCCUGGUGGUAGCAUUCACUUUCAACACCUCUCUUACCAUGUCAAUACGAGCAUUGCAGCACCCGCUUGCUGUUUUCAUGCCGCUAAAAAUAAUAAUGCUAUGGUUCCGGGUCAGCUAAGCACUCCGACAAAUUCUAUCCGCGGUACGCGAACCGAUUGCCUUGGUGACAGGAGUGAUUUCAAUCACAAAAAUCUAAGGACAUCGUCAGGUUUUCGGCGAGAAAUGACGAACAGCAGCCAAGCUAAACUGUGUGCAUCAUGUCAUCGUCCAGCUCUGUACCUUCAGCAUCGGGUGAAGCUUAAAACGGCAGAUGACGGUCUUCUUGGAAGGUUUGCCAGAUAUUGUCACCUGAAGCGAUUUACUCUUCGAGCGGCCGACAAGCAGGAUAGAGCUGUUUCCCUCCCACCGACACAAACAAGCGAAGACAGUCGUUCUUCUGCUACUAGUAGAGAUCGUUCAAUUGCAUACUCAGAAGUUUCAACUCUCACUUCUGUUCCCUUUUUGCCUAACAACGACAAGACCAAAAUCCCCCUUGAUGACCGUGUUCGCAAAAGCGAGCGCGAUAAGCAGUUAUUGUCGCGAGUAUCUAAACAACUAAAAAAAUUAAAUCUCGUUUCAGGAACCGGAAAGUGCGAAAAGGGCGCUUUUGCUAUGAAUUAUCAUCCUUUUCUCUACAUGACAUCACCUCACCGGCGAAGAGUGCGUCAAGAGGCCCCAACGUUGCUCAAGAACCCCAUGGAUGCAGUUUCCAUAUAUGCCUCAUUAUCGGAAGUUCAGGAGUCUGGCAGUGUAACUCAAUGUGGCGACAUGACUACUGAGGCCUCGGGAUCAACAAAAAGCCGUGAUGGAACAAACACAAAUUUUGGAAGUCAACAUUUCUUGCAUUUCACGACAUCGCAUAUCAACCCACUUCAGAAUGAUAGGGCUGAAAUGGCAUCGAAGAUUAUUCAACGAAACAUCCUGACUCGGUUGACACCCUAUCGAAGAACCUGCAGACACGUGCCUAGUGCAAAUGCCUCCAGAAUAGCACCUCAGCAUGAGCAAUAUACAGUCCUGCGAAAUUACGGCAGUUCAUUAAGGUCCGGCGACCAACCACUACUUGGAAGGCGAUUUAUAAAAAAGCGUUUCUACUUGCCCGAAAGCGCAAAUCUUGAGGAAAUUCUAGCGGACGCAGACGAUAGACGGAUAGUGGCAAUCUGUAAUAAAUUCCACUGUGAAAUGGUGGCCUUUACCAAGGUUCCCAGAAAGGGAUUCAUGAAACACGCAAUCAUACUCUCUGGUACCUGCAGGGAAGAGAUCGUCAAGUGUGCCCGUUGUCUGGACGCCAGACUAAACUGGUGCCUUUCAGCCCAAUUGGAAUAA